AUGAAGAGUCCAACUGGUAUGCGCAUGCGCUUAGCGCUCACCCAUCACCGUAAUCUUCGCUAUGCGUUACUUGCAGCAUGUAGUGCACUAUUCUUGGUCUUGUAUUUACUUACAAAGACGCCUGUACCGUAUACUUACGAUAAACUUACAGACGAAGAGAAUAAACGCUAUAAUUCUCAAGCGACAAUGAAUCAAUGGCCAGGUCAAUGUCAGAUAAAGAACUUUGAACAGAUACGUCGCAUGUCGAUUGUCUAUACGUGGGUAAAUGGUAGUCAACCAUGUUAUCGUCAAAUACGUGAAAAAGCUGGUGGAAAAAAAGCUGUUGGUGGCUCUCGUGAUCGAGAGAUUGGUGAACUCAUGUACUCUAUACGAUCAUUGGAAAAGAAUAUGCCAUGGCACACGGGUCAGAUCUUUCUUGUUACCGCUGGUCAUAUUCCACAUUGGUUGGAUAUGAAUAAUCCAAGGAUUAAAGUGAUUAACCAGGACGAUCUGUUUCCAGAUUAUGCAAAGAAGUUCUUGCCGACGUUCAAUACGCAUGUGAUUGAGCAGUUUUUGUACUUGAUUCCUGGUCUCUCGGAUAUUUUCAUGCAAGUGAAUGAUGACUAUAUGUUUUUAAAACCCAUUGCACCGCACGAGUUCUUUACAUGUGACGGCGCUAUUCGAUUACUACAUGAAAAGGGACUUAUUUCUCACAUUCCACCUCCACCGAAGAAGGGAAUUUGGAUUUCGUCCGUUCUCAACACGCAGCAAGAGAUGGAUCUGCGCUGGGGAAAGACGGACCGUUACUUUAUCAAGCACGCGCCCUUUGUUUAUUCGCGUCGAGCGUUUGAGCGUGUCCACCAAAUUUUUGAUCGACCUCUGUACAUGACGCUCAAGAGCAGGUUCCGUGCGAAGCCAGACAUGAACAUGCCGUUGUUGCACCACUACUAUAUGGUGUCACAGGGCGGUGAAGAGCUUGGCAUUCCAAUUUACACACCUCCUGCGGAGGAAUUGACUGGCUACAAACUGAUUCUUAUGCAGAACAACAACAUUGACAAGCUUAAAAAGAUUUUUGGACAGAUCUUGGAUGGCUCCACGCCGUACAAAGUGGUUGCGCUGAAUGACGAGUACACGGACAUGCGUGUGGCCGACACCGCCAUUGAAUUCCUGCAGAAGUAUUUGCCUGAACCUAGCAGCUUUGAGCGCAAGCCGGGCUCCGGAACCGUACGCGCUUACUAUACGCAAGCCUGGCUCGUGCGAAGUGGAUCCGAUGAUUUUGCCGCCGACUCCAGGGAGAGUGGAUGCUGCACCAACGUACCAAGUGAUUGCGUACCGCGAGCUGCGCUGGGUGGCAUUUACAAAUUCGCUAUUACGUGGCAUGGGGCUAGGCCUCGGCGUCAUUAUCAUGUACCUUUGCUAUUUGCUUGUACAGCGCCGCUGCAAGGCGCCCAUACGCUUGAACGGUGCGUAUGA